UCUUCCUCGACAUUGAGAAACGGCCACGGUGUUGUGUUCGUGUGUGUGUGUGCGCGCGCGUGUGCGUGCGUGCUGAGGCCAAACACUGCUCCCAGCUCUGGGAAUAUUUCAAUGACUCAAUGAUAUUUUUAUGGAAAGUGGAUAAUGAUCGCGCAGGAGGGAUUCCCCCGAACUUUUUCCGCGUAUUGCUGACAGGAAUGACUCGCUGUGAUUGACGGAUGAACCAUGGGGACGAAGAUCAGCUUUUCUUCGUGCUGGCAUAGUUUUUUAAAAUGUUUUAAAAAGCCGAACCAAUCUGAAGCGGAUUCAAAGCCUGAGGGAAAGGCUGUCACGGUUUUUGUAAAUCCCGCUACUGACAGUGAAGUAGAUGCAGACUUUUAUUCUAAACGCACCUUACCACCGCUCCCAGCCGGUGGGCCCGGGGGUGCCGGGGACCUGUACAUCGCCCUAUAUGACUACAACGCCCGCACCGAGGAGGACCUGAGCUUCCGCACCGGGGACACGUUGGAGGCUCUGGACAAAAGUGCUGGGGACUGGUGGUUUGCCAAAGCCCUCAACGGGGUCUCGGCGCCCAAAAAGGGAUACAUCCCGGCGAACUAUGUGGCCCCUGUGGAGAGUAUCGACGCAGAACCAUGGUAUUUUCCCGACACCAAGCGGCUGGAUGCAGAGAAGAUUCUGCUGGCAGAGGGGAACCAGCACGGAGCCUUCCUCAUCAGGAACUGUGAGAGUCAGAGAGGCGAGCGCUCCCUCUCAG